AGAUCUGCUACCUGCGUUGUGUGUGUCGGUUUGAUGAUUCUUCUCGCUAGAUUGAUUAUCAUACACACUCAUCAUCCACACUAUUUUCACUGCCUCUCUCUCUCUCUCUUUCUCUCUCUGCAUGUUAUCGUCUUAACCCGAAUAUCCGAGCUCCUCCAUUGACGAUCUCUCUGUUUCUCUUUCUUUUUUCAUCUGGGUCUGGUGUUUUUUUUUUUUUUGGUUGCAAAUUUGCUCGAUCUCUCUGUGUUAAUCCACCGGUUUUAGUCCGAACCCAACUCUGGUUUGAGCUUUUGGUGUCUGGGUUUGCUUUAGAUUGUUGAAAAGCUCUCUCUAUAAUGCUGGAUCCGAGCGAGAGAGGAUUAGAUUCUGAAGAAAUGAAAAGGAAAUAUUCAUCCGGUGUUUCAUCAGACGAGAGCCAAGGGAGCAGCCACAAUAAUAACAGCCACAACGAGACCAAGAAAACCUGCGCCGAUUGCGGCACCAGCAAGACGCCUCUCUGGCGCGGCGGCCCAGCCGGUCCCAAGUCUCUCUGCAACGCUUGCGGGAUCAGAAGCAGGAAGAAGCGAAGAGCCGUAAUCGGCGGAGGAUCGGAGAAAAAACCAAAAAGAGCGGGGAACAGUAACGAUUCUUUGAACGAGAGAUUGUUAGCUUUGGGAAGAGAGGUUUUGAUGCAGAGAUCGACGGUGGAGAAACAGAGGAGGAAGCUCGGAGAAGAAGAGCAAGCGGCCGUACUGUUAAUGGCUCUGUCUUAUGGGUCGGUCUAUGCUUAAUCACAAGUGAUUAUAUUCAUAAUAAACGAAGAAGUUGUAAUGACCUAACCAUUUUUAUGUGUAUUUUUGGGUAAUUUUUGCCUUUAGUUUAUUUAGCUAACUCUGUAUUUUGGGUAUGGUGGGGAAAUUUGUAAGAUGAUGUGGGAGAUUGAUUUUAUUUUUCCUAACAUAGUAGAAAAAAAUCAUGAUUGUCCCCC